UCAUCAAGUCAAUUGUUUUUGUCAUCGUCGUAUAUCUAUUAAUUGGAAUUCUUAUUACGUUUACGCCUACAAUUUAUAUUUUUUACAAUAAACAACACAGUCAGUUAAAAAGACUUUUAUUCUAUCCAUUCACUAAUUCGUACACUAAAUAUAAAAAAAAACUUUCAACUGCUUUCAUUUCACCAAAGUUUGUAACUUCUGGUAGAGUUUUAAAAUCUUGACCCAACUCAUAUCAUUUUUAUCAUGAAGAAAAAGGUACUCUUGAUGGGCAAGAGUGGCUCAGGAAAGACAAGUAUGAGAUCCAUCAUAUUUGCUAAUUAUAUAGCAAGAGAUACUAGACGAUUAGGUGCAACAAUUGAUGUUGAACACUCACAUGUCCGUUUCCUCGGAAACUUGGUACUUAACCUGUGGGACUGUGGAGGACAGGAGGCAUUCAUGGAAAACUACUUUGCAUCACAACGAGACAACAUAUUUAGAAAUGUAGAAGUGCUAAUUUAUGUGUUUGAUGUUGAGAGUCGAGAGAUGGAGAAGGACAUGCAUUAUUAUCAGUCAUGCUUGGAAGCUAUAUUGCAGAACUCACCUGAAGCCCGAAUAUUUUGUCUAGUACACAAAAUGGAUCUUGUCUCAGAAGAGCAGCGUGAUGAAAUUUUCAGAGCGCGAGAGGAAGACUUGAAGGGGCUCUCAAAACCCUUAGAAUGUACAUGUUUUAGAACAAGCAUAUGGGACGAAACUUUAUAUAAGGCAUGGUCUAGUAUAGUGUAUAAAUUAAUACCUAACGUCAAAGCUCUUGAAUCAUCAUUAAAGCAAUUCGCAGCAAUCGUAGAUGCUGAUGAGGUGCUACUGUUUGAGCGGGCGACGUUCCUUGUAGUCUCCCACUGUCAGCGACGACCACACAGAGACGCACAUCGAUUCGAAAAGGUUUCUAACAUCGUCAAACAGUUUAAGCUUUCUUGCUCCAAACUUGCGGCACAGUUCCAGAGCAUGGAGGUCCGUAACAGUGUGUUUGCGGCGUUCAUAGAUGGGUUUACAAGCAACACAUACGUCAUGGUUGAGAUGUCAGACCCAAAGAUUCCAUCAGAGGCAACACUCAUUAACAUCAGAAACGCACGCAAACACUUCGAGAAACUGGAAAAAGUAUCAUCGUGUGCACCCAGCCACUAUCAAUGAAUGAACAUUCAAUAAUAGUACCUAAAAAUAGCAAAUUUUUUAUAAUACGGUAAGCACAUAAGCGGUCUUUGCAAAGCAAGAUAAAUGCAUGAUGGAUACUCGAUUAGUUGGAUUACUAAUUGUUGUCGUAAGAAAUAGAAAUAAUCUUUAUUCAACUGAACUCAAUGUAAGCACUUCUGA